AUAAGAAACAAAUACUUGGACAUGAAGUAUGUUCAUUUCAUUUUUAAAACUCAAAAUUCUAAAAUGAAACAGAUUUUAUUUAUUUAUUCAAAUUAUAUAGCUUUGCAUCACUCAUAGGAUACCCUCUCUUCUAUCACUUGAUAAGAAGCAUUGCAAGUGAACUUUAGUGUUUCGAGCUUUAGCUAUUCAAAUUACUGUAUGUUCAUCAUUCGUAUUUCCUCAAAGAGCAGAUAUAACCAGUUAUGGUCGAUACAAAGCUAUGUCCAUUCCGGGGUUUCAAUCUCAAAUUCCUGGAUUUAUGUUCUUUCUUGACGUUAAUACACUAGUGGACCUGUUGCAUAUUUAUUAUAGGCUAUAGUCUGUACAGGAUUAUAAUUAGACAGCUUCGUUUUUCAGAUUAUACUUUCCUUGAGAAAGAAGUACGAAUUGUUAUGAUCGGCAUCACUGGUUCAGGAAAAAGUUCGUCAGGAAACUCUAUUCUUGGAACUAAAUGUUUCCAUUCAGAGUGUAGUCCAACAUCUGUCACAGCAGCAUGUCAGCAAGGCAGUGCAACUCGAUUUGGCUGUCGUAUAAACAUUAUAGACACGCCGGGUUUGCUGGAUACUGGUCGCUCACAAGCUGAAAUUACAAAAGAAAUUAUGAAAUGUAUUGGAAUAUCUGCCCCAGGUCCACACGCCUUUAUCCUCGUGCUCAAAAUCAAGCGGUUUACGAAAGAAGAAAACGAUACCAUCAGUUACUUCAGAGGGGUGUUUGGAGACGGGAUGCUGAACUACCUGUUUGUAUUGUUUACAGGGAUGGAUGAUCUGGAAGACGAAAAACGCACACUGGAGGACUAUGUUGCAAAAGCCCCAGCAGAUCUUAAAACUCUUCUCAAAGAUUGUCAUGGAAAGUAUUUUGGAAUAAACAACCGCGAAAAAGAUCAGAACCGAAAGGAAAAGCAAGUCUCAGACCUAAUAUUGAAUAUUAAAUCAAAUGUUUUGAAGAACGGCGGAAAACAUUAUAAAACUGAGAUGUUGGAAGCUGCGGAAAAACAAAUGAGAAAGAGAGAACAGGAAAUAUUGAAACAGAAGGAAGAGGAACUUCGCAGGCAAGAGCAACAAAUAAUGGAAAAAUUCGAAGCAACACAAGCAAAGGUAGAGGAAAAGUAUAGAAAGGAAAAGGAAAGAAUGCAAAGAGAAUUGGCGCUGAUAGAGAAAGAAAAUAAAGCACGAAUGGAGGCAUUAGCUGAAAAGCAAAAGAGAGAAGCAGCCGAAGCUAAAGCUCGCCAAGAUGAAUGCAUUGCCAGACUGGAGAAAGAAGGGGAAAUGCAGCGAGCAGAGAUGGAGAAACGACGACUCCAAGAGGAGCGAGAGCGAGAGCGGGCGCAAAAAGAAGAAGAAAGGAAACGAAUUGAACAAGAACACGAAAGAAGAAUUGAAUCAGAAUUACAGAAAAUACGGGACAAGUUGGUCCGGGAUGAAGAGGAACGCAAACGACGGGAAGAAGAGAUUGAAAAACUUAUGAAAAAGAAAGAAGAGGAAGCUUUGAUAAAAGCGAGGGAAGAGGCGAGAGAAGAAACAGAAACUGGUGGUGGUGUCAUGGGUUAUCUCUGGAAUGGUGUAAAAUACUGGUUAGGUUGGUGAUAUACCAUAAGACCUGUUAGGUGGUUUAUCACUUGAUAGAUAGCUAGCAUCGCACGUUAACGUAAAUGUAUAGAGCUUCAUGUAUUCAAAUUACAGACACGCGACUAACAUAGAAGAUCUAGCUGAGCAAGCUAAGUCUCACAUUUACAGACUACGAGCAUUUCCUUGCAGAUAUCUAAUUGUAUAAAGAUUUUUCACCGACUACAUUCAUAAUACAAAAUUAGAAAACAUUAAAACUUCAUUAACAGUAUCCUCCAGAGGAAUUAAAACCCCACCAGAAACACGUGGCAUUAUUUAGAUUUCAUCUCUCUAAUAUGUGUAUAUAGAACUUGUUUUGUUUCAACUACUUAUAGCAAUUGAACAGAUGGCAUCGUAUAAACUUGACCGGCCUUGGUGGCGUCGUGGCAGGCCAUCGGUCUACAGGCUGGUAGGUACUGGGUUCGGAUCCCAGUCGAGGCAUGGGAUUUUUAAUCCCGAUACCGACUUCAAACCC